CCAUCGCGUUGUUCGCUCAGCACUCAGUGUCAGUUGCUCCACAAUCGCCGUUGGUGAAUUUUGGUGCCAGAGUUCCGUCUCCGUUUGGAUUACAAUUCUUGUUAAUUAAACGCUUUAAAUCAGAUAUGCCUAUCAAGUCGAUCUUCGCUCGUCAAAUCUUCGAUUCGCGUGGUAACCCCACCGUCGAGGUUGAUUUGUGCACUGAUUUGGGUCUCUUCCGUGCUGCCGUACCCUCAGGCGCCUCUACUGGCGUCCAUGAGGCUCUUGAGUUGCGCGAUAACGAUAAGAACAGCUAUCAUGGCAAGGCUGUCACCAAAGCCGUCGAUCAUGUAAACAAAACUCUGGGACCUGAAUUGUUGAAGGCCAAUCUUGAGGUCACCGACCAGGAAGCCAUUGAUAAUUUCAUGCUGAAAUUGGAUGGUACUGAGAACAAAUCGAAAUUCGGUGCCAAUGCCAUUUUGGGUAUUUCAUUGGCUGUCUGCAAGGCUGGUGCCGCUAAGAAGGGAGUACCACUGUAUCAGCACAUUGCUGAUUUAGCUGGCAACAAAGACAUUAUUUUGCCCGUACCUGCAUUCAACGUAAUCAACGGUGGUAGCCAUGCUGGCAACAAAUUGGCUAUGCAGGAAUUCAUGAUUUUGCCAACUGGCGCUACCAGCUUCACUGAGGCCAUGAAAAUCGGCUCUGAGGUGUACCACCACCUGAAGAAGGUCAUCAAGGAUAAGUUCGGUUUGGAUGCCACCGCUGUAGGCGAUGAGGGUGGUUUUGCACCUAACAUCCAGUCAAACAAGGAAGCUUUGGUGUUGAUUCAGGAUGCUAUUGCCAAGGGUGGAUACACUGGCAAGGUCGAGAUCGGUAUGGAUGUUGCCGCUUCUGAAUUCCACAAGGACGGUUUGUACGAUUUGGACUUCAAGAACCCCAACAGCGACAAGUCACAAUGGCUUUCGCCCGAAAAACUUACCAACUUAUACCAGGAAUUCAUUAAGGACUUCCCCAUUUCCUCCAUUGAGGAUCCCUUCGAUCAGGAUCACUGGGAAGCCUGGACCACCAUUACUGCCAACACUCAAAUCCAAAUUGUCGGUGAUGAUUUGACCGUAACCAACCCUAAGCGCAUUCAGACUGCCGUCGAAAAGAAGGCUUGCAACUGCUUGUUGUUGAAGGUCAACCAAAUUGGUACCGUCACAGAAUCAAUCAAGGCUCAUUUAUUGGCCAAGAGCAACGGCUGGGGCACCAUGGUGUCGCAUCGUUCCGGUGAGACCGAAGAUACUUUCAUUGCCGAUUUGGUUGUUGGUUUGUCGACUGGACAAAUUAAGACUGGCGCUCCAUGCCGUUCUGAACGUUUGGCUAAAUACAAUCAAAUUCUUCGCAUCGAAGAAGAGUUGGGAGCCAAGGCGAAAUUCGCUGGUAAAUCAUUCAGAAAGCCACAGUAAAUGUGUACUAAUGUGUGGCGAGCAAUGAAUAAUGAUUCCAACAUACAAGAAGAGAGAAUAUCCAGUGAACGUGGCGUAUUAAGUUGAUCUUAAUUACUAGAAUACAAUACAUGCAAACCUAGUACCUAUGAAAAUGUUUAGCCACCUAUGUAUUUACCAUCAACAACAAAUGUUAAUUGAAAUUUGUGCACUGAAAUGACUUUGGUUCUCUUAUUCUACUUUAAAUACACAUAAUUUAAAAAUUUUAUUUAAAUCGUAUGCAGAACUAUUACUUCUUAAUUGUUCUUUUUAUAAUAAAACUACUUUAAAUUAUUAUUCUUAA